AGCGCAGCACGAGGACCUCUCUCUCCGUUUGGCUCCUGGGCACUGGUGUGGCUGGACGGUGCGGGACGACACCAUGCGCGAGAAUUACGGCACCGCGAUCGCUCUGGGAUCCGGCCCACCCAGUUUCCAACAGGCCAUUAAGGCUGACCAGCAGCUCCAAGAUGCAACCGACAGAGCUGGCGGCCCAGAAGAUUUGAAGGACCCAGCCAAGAAUUGUCCAGGUGACUGGCUUAUCCGGACGGUGAAGGUGGAAGCUGAGGAUUACACAGAGUGGCCGGCUGGACUGAGCACGGAGGCACUGCUUUCGGGGCUGCCUUUGGCCAGCGCCUGCAAGUCAGAGGGCCGCAUCCCGGGACCCAAUUACAAGGAUGGAGCCGCUGGGCUGGGAGAACUUUCUGGAUUGGCUCUGCACCAGUGGCAGAUGUUGAGCGAGGACAAGCCGUUGGGCUGCCCGCGCUGCGAACACCCAGCAGCACCACUUGGCGGGAGCCUCGGGGACCCCCGCCCGCGCCCCUUCGCCUGCCUGCAGUGCGGCAAGGCCUUUGGGAAGAAGGCACACCUGACGCGGCAUGCCCGCGUCCACACUGGUGAGCGCCCUUUCGCCUGCACCCACUGUGGGCGCCGCUUCUCUCAAAAGAUCCAUUUGGGCUCCCACGAACGGGUCCACACUGGGGAGCGCCCCUUUCCCUGCGACCGCUGUCCCAAGAGCUUCCGCAAGAAGACCCACUUGGUGCGCCACCAGCUGACCCACACCGGUGAGCGUCCCCAUGCCUGUACACUCUGCCCCCGCAGUUUCGUCCACCGCCGGCACCUGCUGCGCCACCAGAGGCUGCACGAAGAGGAAGCUGCCCGCGUUGGAGAUCCUGCGGAGUUGGGACAAGCCGCCCCCUCGUACGGGAACGGCCUGGAGCUAGGCCUAGUGGGGAACGUCCCCCCGUCUGGAGAGAACCUGGCUGCCUCCAUGGUCCUGGGACAAAACUGCCGGGUUCAGGGCGACCGUGCACAAGUCAGUUUCCCGUAUGGGCCUGGGAUGGAGCUGGGGAAGUUUCUCCCUUCCUGUGUGGGGCACAUGGAGCCCGAUCAGGGACCCUUCCUCUUUAAGGCCGAGCCAGAGCUGGGUGGUGUCCCAGGUGCAGAGAGGGAGGACCGGCCCCUGGGGGAAGCCUUCCUCGAUCCCGCAAGUUGUAGAGCCCUCUGUGGGGUACAGACGGUGGAAGGUGCACCGUAUUUGGAGCAGGUGGGCAAGACUGAGCCAGAGGAGGACACGGGGGCCAGUCAACCGCCGGAAGAGAAGCCAUUCCUGUGCUCGGAUUGCGGAAAAGCCUUCGCCUGGCGGAAGAACCUGGCGUCCCACCAGCGGCUCCACGCCGAGGGCGGGCGCCCCUUUUCCUGUGCUGAGUGUGGGCGGGGUUUCAGCGACAAGCGCCAUCUGACGGCGCACCUGCGUGGCCACAUGGGCCUCCUGCCCUAUGCUUGUCCCCAUUGCGAGCGUAGCUUUGCGCACCGGGCCGGGCUGGCUGCCCACCAGUGCGGGGGCCACACGGGGCAGCGCCCCUUUGCCUGCAACGAGUGCGGGCGCUGCUUUGCCCACAAGCGCCACCUGCAAAGACACUGGCGCAACCAGCACUCGGCUGAGCGCCCCUACGCCUGCGCGCAGUGCGGACGUGCCUUUAGCACCCGGGCCAGCCUGCUGGCGCACGUCAAGUCCCAUGCUGGGCAGCGCCCCUUUGCCUGCCCUCUGUGCGGGCGCGCUUUCAGCCGCAAGUCGCACCUCGCCCGCCACGAGGCCGUGCACACGGGCCUGCGCCCCCACGCCUGCACCCAGUGUCCCCGCCGCUUCAGCUCCAAGACCAACCUGGUGCGCCACCAGGCGGUGCACACUGGCCUGCGCCCGUACAUCUGCACCCACUGCGCCCGCAGCUUCAGCCGCAAGACCCAUCUCUUGCGCCAUGAGCGCACCCACACCAGCACCCCGCUGCCCAGCACCGCCGGUUGGGUUACCGCCCUGCCGCAGAGUUCCCUGCUGCAGCCGAUCGAGCAGCGUCCGCCUCUCCUGUUACCCAUGGCGCUGGAGUCUCCCUGGCAGUGAGGAACACCCCCUCCCCACACCAAAUCCUGCCUGCCUCGUGCCAUGGACGUCUCGUACCUUCAGCACCCUUCUUUCUUUCUAAUCAGCCAUUCGGCUAUGGGGCGAAAACCAAAAACCCCACACAUCCUGCAAGGGAAAAAUGACAUUUGCACGUCCUUGUGAUUUGCAACUGUGUGGACCGUCAAACGGAGUCCCACCCCCCAACUUGUCCACUUUGUGGACUGGCGUGGCAAGUGGGAGUGGAGGAUGGUUCCACGUGAGUGGAUGGUGAGCUUCUUUUCCUGCAAGCCGUGGACGCGCACCUCCACUGCUCGUGUCAAGGCAUGGAGGCCGCCGCGGCCUGGUUGUGAACGGAUUGUGGACCGGUAACGCACCAGGGCCCUGGGGUUGGGGGGGACCCCUGCCGUAGCGCAUCAAAUGACUUAAAUCCCACCUAAUCUAUUCCGACAGACAGUGUUGGACGGCCCCCCAUUCUCCCUACUCCUUUUUAGCUCCAGUUGGGACCGACACAAACCCUGAUUCCCUCAUAACCGCAGUUGCGAAAGACUCACCAUGCUUUGUGAAGGAUUGCGAUCCAGACACUGACCCAGGAGUCGGGAGAGGGGGAGGAGUGUUUUAUGGCCAAACACCCAUGAUUGGGGUGACUUUGGGUUUUAAAUAAUAAUGGAAACACUUGGUUUUAUUUUGUGGGGGGGGAGAAAAAUAAGAGUAGACAAAUGAUUUUAGUAGUGUCAUAAAGCAAAUAUAAAGUAUGUUUUGUAAUGUUUUUCUUCGAUGUAAACAAUAAAAAAAAUUGAAUUCUG